GCUUUGCCAUUGUAUAUUGGACCAACAAUCAUGAAUCACUAUCAUGAAUGACUAUAUGAACACAUUAUAUGAUCACAUCGUUGCAUGGAUUGUCACAUUGACAAUUUUAUAACAAUCCUUUUUUCAAGAAAUACUGAUACAGUAAUGAUUAACAUCAAAAUCAACAUCAGGUGGAUUUAGUGAUCCAAGCAAUUUCUCCUCCAGUAGCAAUGGAAUGAUCGCAUGUUUCAUUUGCCAGCCCCUGAGAACCUGAUGCACAUUACAAUCUGCAUAGCAUCUAAGCAUAGUAAAGCUGUCAAGGUCCGUUCAUUCUAGAUUUUUAACUUGAUAGUUAGCACUAAUUUAUCUUGCUGUUGUAAGUUAUCAUUCAAUAUUCAUACCAAUACAUCAAUAUGCGCUCAUCAGUCAACAUUUUCCGGCAUGAUCCUGCUCAGCGUGCUCUUCAGUAUUGCUCCAAGAUCUGCAAUAUUAUAGCUUGUUUUCGGCCAAUAAGCUCUUUUAAUUUUACUUUUUCUUGCUGAUAUAUGAGCCCGAUCAACUUGCGUUAUCAACCAAAAUUUCAUAACUUCAAGUUCAACUUGAUAUUGAUAUUGCUCAGGAGUCAGAACCUCUGUCAGCCUCCUGGAUACUUCGGAUUGUUUUCAGUCACAUGCUUCUUGAAUAUGAUAUAAGUCAAUCUUAAGGGAUUCAAAACAUCCAACAAAACGACGUACAAGAGUACGGAAACCACCAGAUGAACUUAAAAAUCGCCUUGGAACAGAGCCAAGUGGUGCUCCACUUCAACUUGUUUGUUUACAAUGAUUGUAGUGCUGGAUGUAUUUUUAGGACUCUGAAGGUCGGCUUAUAAAAAACGAAACGUUUUUACAAAAGUUGUAAGGCAAGUAAUAUUUAUCUGAAAGAACUAAAAUAUUCAAAAGCCAAACACUAUGAAAUACAUGAAUCAGACCGAAAAAGUAACCCAAAAAUCCAGCCUAAUUACCGGCUCCUAAAACUGCAACAAAUCAGCACUUUUCCCCGCAACUCGUUGUCCAGACGUAAAUAUGCUGCACUGGUGAGUCAAGGAAACCCAACAGCAUAAUGCGCGCGUCGACGGAAAGCCGGCGGCGCUCGUCGAUGGCGCCGCGCCGGGUCUCUGACUCGGCCGUCAAGUCGGCGGUGAAGCCGAGCCGCGCUCCUGCCGCCGCGCCCGGCAGCUCGGUCAAGAGCUACCUGCCCCGGCCGUCCACGGCGUCGGCCGCGCGCGGAGGCGCGGCCAGCACCGGGCCGCGUGCACAGCGCUCAGUGGCAGGUCCUUCGGCGCGCUCUCGUCUCACGUUGGCGGCGCCGCGACUGAACGCGUUCACGCCACAGGCUGCGCACCGCGCGCCGGCCGCGUCGGCCGCCACCGCGAGCAAGGUGGCUCAGCCGAGCCGCCUGAGCGUGGACUCCCAGCGCCGGCUGAGCCGCGGCUCGGGGAUCGGCGCCAGUCAGCAGCGGCGUGCCGACCCGCGGCCCGUCUCGGACAGGUCCUACUGGCAGCCGGCCACCCACCGGGUGGUGCAGUUCCUGGCCGACCGCGGCUACACAGAGAACCGGCCGCCCGUCACCUACAAGGACCUCGUCAAGUGCACCGGCAGAGAAUUUGAUGACAUAUUCGCCUUCAUAUACGGAUUUUUGCAUCCUGGCUUCACUCUUGCACAGAAGAAAAGGGAUGAAGUGGUGCUGGCAAAAAUGAAGAUGCUUGGCUACCCGGGCCAGAUCACAAAGUCGCACCUGAUCACGAUCGGAUGCAUGCACAGCUGGCCGGCUCUGGUGGCCGUGCUCGACUGGUUGGCGGACGUGGUGAACCUCGCCUUCGGACCGCCUGGCGACGACACCGAUCCACUGCUGAUGCUGCUUCCCACAGUCGAUAAAGACGGUUUUCCGGAGACGGACCAGCGCGCGCACGUCCUCCUCAAACACAGUCUGCAGGCGUACGACCGCUUCCUCACCAACCAGGAGCGCCCCGUGGAAGAGGAUGCCCAGGAGCUGUUCGAGGCUCUCACCUCUCUGCGUACCACGGACCCGGCAGAGCUGCGUAGGAUCGAGACUGAAAACCAGCGCCUGCGGCAGGAGCGUCCCGACCUGGCGCGGCUGCAGGAGCAGCUGGACGAGCUGGUGGAGCGCCAGGCGGCGGCCGACACGGACGCCCGACGUCUGUCCGAGUACGUGGCCGGCCGGCGCGAGCAGCAGGCCGAGCGGCUCAAACAGCUCGAGUGGCUGCAGAAGGACGCUCAGGAGCGCGUCCGACUCGCAGAGCUGAAGCGUGAACAGCUAGACGCGCUCAAAGUGGAGAUCAGCCAGCAGCAAAUGUCUGCUGAAGAUGUGGCCAAGAUCGCGCAGCAGCGUUCGGAGAUCUGCAAACAAAUCGACAAUGUCAAGGAAGAAAUCGAACAGAUGGCCACGGAGAGCGGCGAGAUACAGAUGGAGUUCGCGCGCUCUCAGUCUCAGCGACAGGCGGCCGUGCGCCGGCUCAACUCGCAGCUGGCGCCGCUGCAGUCUCAGCUGCCCGGAGGCGAGGCCCUCCAGCUGCGACUGACCGGCUCCGAGUCGGACCAGCUGAAGCAGCUGACUGAGUUCGGACACAUCAUGGAGGGUGUGGAGCGGGCGGCCAGACAGGAGCUGGAGAAACUCAACAGCACUCUACUGCAGCAGGAGCGUCACGCGCGCGAGGCUCGCAGCCGCCUGGAACAGGCUCGGCAGGAGGAGUUUCACGCCUCCAGCCGUCUGAAGCGGCUGGAAGAGGAGGAUGCAGCAGACAGACGCCGGCUGCAGCAGCAGCAUGCGGCGCUCGACGCGCGCAUCGUGGAGGUGGACGAAGAGCUGAGCCGCAUCAACCACGAGCUGCAGCAGCUGGACGUGGGAGCACGGCGCGCCCAGCUGGAGGCUGACAUGAAACGCUUCAAAGAAGAGACGGCAGAGCGCGAGAAGCGCCUGGCGCAGAGGUCGCAGAAGUUGGCGGAGAACGCCGCGCUGGCUCUGGAGUUCCGCCGUUGGAUGGAGGAGGACAAUGAACAGCUCGUCCGCUCCGUAGCCGGGCUGUGCGCUCAGGCCGACGAGCGGAUGCGACGGACCAUGGAGCAACACCGUGAACUGCUCGACUCUGCGCUACAGGAGACUUCUAAAUAAGUUAUCGUCGCACUCACAGGCAGCUCCAGCCGGUGCUGUCUGGUGGUGAGGAGGAGUCUGCAACUGCAGCCCCUAUUUGAUGUCCACACCCCCCUGAGCGGGAGCAGUAACCUAGAGCGGGAGCACAGAGAUCCCCGGGCGCAUCAUUGGCAUUGUAUUGAUACUUUAGUAAAUAAAUGGAUAUAAAAUGAA